AUGGAGAAGAUUUUUACAGUCUUAAAUUGUGCAGAGGAGCAAAAGGUGUCAUUCGCCGCCUUUAUGUUCAGAGGGGAAGCUGAACAUUGGUGGAGGGCAACCUUAAGAUUAGAAAGGGCUGCCCAGAGACAGAUUGAUUGGGAUAGAUUUGUGGAGCUUAUGAAUAAGAAAUAUAUCCCGGAGAGUGUUAGGGAUCAGUGGGCUAUUGAAUUUCAAGGUUUGCAACAAAAUAACAUGACGGUCCAAGAGUAUGAGGCUAAGUUUACUCAACUAUUAAGGUUUGCUCCACAUUUGAUUGCUGAAGAAUCAGAUAAGGCUAAGAAGUUUCAAAGGGGACUCAGGGGAAAUAUCAGAGGGAAACUAGUGGCCCUCAGAAUCAGGAACUACGCAGAACUGGUGGAGACUGCGUUUGAAAUUGAGAAAGACCUGCUAGAGUAUCAGGAGAUCCACAAUAAGAAGCAGAGUUUAGUUAAACGCCCACGAACAGAAGGAGGUCCCACAAACGAUAAGUCAGCAUCGAAUCAGCCCGGGAGGUCAGCGACAUCAAAAUUUCCCUUUCGUCGUGAUCGAGCAAAUCAGCCAAAUAAGUCAACAGCCUGCCCUAGAUGUGGCAAUCAUCACUCUGGAUAUUGCAAACUUCACCGUGCAUGUUUCGAGUGUGGUCAACCUGGGCACUUCAAGAGAGAUUGUCCAACCUUGAGGAAUCAAGCAAUAACAGAGCGAGCACCAAGAGGAGAUCACGCGGCUCAAGCUAAUGCCUCGUUGUCCCUCCCCCUUUCAGACAUUAUGUACUUUGAGACAUGUUGA